ACGCCUCAACCUAGUGACGUUUAUUUCAACAUGGCUGCCUUCAUGCGGUUGUUUUGAACUUAGGAAUGUUCGAAACUUGCUGUAUUUCCCAAAAAGCCCCGUUUGGAAGUCAGGAUGUUACACAGGGAAUAAUAGAUACAGUUAUCAUCGGAUCAACCGAUAAGAGGAUUUAAGCAGCGGAUUAAGAAGAGCCUGCGUCCAUUUUUGUCACCAGACAACAUUUUGACAAGUCGAGACUGGUUCAGUGUUCUCUCUCUAGGCCCCUGACCACCAGAUCAGAUUCCAUGAUGGAAGAGGAAACUACAGUGUCCACCUCCUAUGUGUUCCGGGGGAUAGAGUACAUAGUAACAAUGUCCACUCAGUCCCAGAGUCUGACUCUGGAGGUAGAGGACAGGUUAACAGCUGACCAAUGGCGGGCCACAUUUGACUCAGCAUACAUAGAGGAUUUAACACAUAAAACAGGAAACUUCAAACAGUUCCACAUCUUCAAUAGCAUGUUGGAGUCUGCUGUCACUCAGAGCAGUGACAGUGUAUCCCUAGACCUACUUACCUACUCAGACCUGGAGUCUCUCAGACAGAGGAAGACAAACGUCCCCAAAACCUCUAUACCCUCCAACAGAUCUGUGUCGGUCAACUCCAAACGUUACCUCAUCCUCACAUACACUGUGGAAUUUGACAGGAUACACUACCCCCUCCCAAUUCCUUACAUGGGAAAGCCUGACCCCCGCCGUCUUCAGGAGACUAUCCGCCAGCUCAGGGAAGAAAUAAAAACUCUACGCCAGCAGGGAGGAUCAGAAUUCAAGUCCAAGGAAAUGGAAAAGUUACAGCGAGAUUAUAAAACACUGCUGAAGGAAAAGGAAGAAACAGAAGCUGAAUUUUUACAGUACAGACGUGAGAUGAAAAGCACAUCAUCAGGAAAUGCUGUAAAGGAGAUUCGUGCUUUAAAAUUAUUUAGUAAGAGUCUAGAGGAGGAACUGAUGAAGGAGAAGACACGACACCAGCGGUCUGCCAGUAAACGAAGCCAGGAAUAUAGGGACUUGCUGGAGGAGGUAGAAGAGUUAAGGGCAUCAGAGAGGAAUCUUCGUGUUCGAGUGAAGAGCUUAACAAAUGAGCUUGCCAUGUACAAAAGAGACAGGAUACACCCCCCUGUACACCACCAAAGGUCAUCUCGACCUCCAGCACGGGACAGAUUUCCUUCCCGAGAACGGUCACUUUCUCGAGAGCGAUCUCUGUCCAGAGAUAGGUCAUGGUCGAGUGACCGAUUGUCAGUCAGAGAGAGGUCAAUGUCUCGAGACCGAGACCGUCCAUCAUCAGCUCCAAACCGGAGUCGUAAUUCAUCCUACAGAAACUCCUUCACUAAGCCUCGGAGUCGCACACCUUCUCCCUCUCCAGCAGGUGCUAGAAAUCCAAGGUUUGAUCCUUCGGCUUACAUCAAGGAUCAAGAACGACGGAAAUCAGAAAACAAAUUAAAGAAACAAAGGCAAGUGAGGUCUAAUUUAUCAGGCUGCUCCAACAGAUCUAAACAGUCACCAAGCUCCUCCAGAAUAAACUCUAGUCGUCUAUCAGCAGCAAGCAGUCGAAACAGAUCACGGACAUCUUCUUAUGGGAGUGCAGGUGAAUUAAGUGAUGGAGGGAUGUCCGACUCUUCCUACUCACGUUUACGGACAUACAACAAGAAUUACACUAGAAACAAACGACCGGAAUCACAGUCAAACCCUUACCAGUCCAGUCCUGAAGUGCCCCAGAAAACAACAAGUAGAAUAACUGCCAAAUCAAGAAACCACAAAAAACUUCCCGUGUCCAGUACUCCCGACAACCACUACCAAACCAAGAGGAAGCGACCUCUACGGAACAAGGAAAACUUCCCUGUGGAGAGUGGAGAUGAUAGUGAUUAUUUUGAUCGAUCAGUGGAAAUCUCAGAAAUUGAUGAGAGACUGAGCCGACUGCAACAGCUGAUGAAGACUAGUAUGGACUGACAAAGUGAUUAGUAUAGAUGUUAUAACUGACCACCUAAAUCAACCAAAUAGCAGGAGUAGUCUGUAUUGGUCUGACCAUCUUAACAUUGUCAUGGAGGGAAGACUUUAGUACUAAAUCUUCGUGGAAGGUCUGCCUUCAGGAUGGACAAGUUUCCAGGCUUCUACAUCACAACAGCUGGGCGAGACAUCUACAUGAAGAUUAAUAAUGGGCAGUCAUAGCAACUAGUUGUUAGUUGACUGAUGUCACAGUGACUACAAAAGUACUCUUGUCUGGGUAUAUUAUAUAGUUGACUGAUGUCACAGUGACUACAAAAGUACUCUUGUCUGGGUAUAUUAUAUAGUUGACUGGUGUCACAGUGACUACAAAAGUACUCUUGUCUGGGUAUAUUAUAUAGUUGACUGAUGUCACAGUGACUACAAAAGUACUCUUGUCUGGGUAUAUUAUAUAGUUGACUGAUGUCACAGUGACUACAGAAGUACUCUUGUCUGGGUAUAUUAUAUAGUUGACUGGUUUCACAGUGACUACAAAAGUACUCUUGUCUGGGUAUAUUAUAUAGUUGACUGAUGUCACAGUGACUACAAAAGUACUCUUGUCUGGGUGUAUUAUAUAGUUGACUGAUGUCACAGUGACUACAAAAGUACUCUUGUCUGGGUGUAUUAUAUAGUUGACUGAUGUCACAGUGACUACAGAAGUACUCUUGUCUGGGUGUAUUAUAUAGUUGACUGGUGUCACAGUGACUACAAAAGUACUCUUGUCUGGGUAUAUAAUGAGUAGUUGACUGGUGUCACAGUGACUACAAAAGUACUCUUGUCUGGGUGUAUUAUAUAGUUGACUGAUGUCACAGUGACUACAAAAGUACUCUUGUCUGGGUGUAUUAUAUAGUUGACUGAUGUCACAGUGACUACAAAAGUACUCUUGUCUGGGUAUAUUAUAUAGUUGACUGAUGUCACAGUGACUACAAAAGUACUCUUGUCUGGGUGUAUUAUAUAGUUGACUGAUGUCACAGUGACUACAGAAGUACUCUUGUCUGGGUAUAUUAUAUAGUUGACUGAUGUCACAGUGACUACAAAAGUACUCUUGUCUGGGUAUAUUAUAUAGUUGACUGAUGUCACAGUGACUACAAAAGUACUCUUGUCUGGGUAUAUUAUAUAGUUGACUGAUGUCACAGUGACUACAAAAGUACUCUUGUCUGGGUGUAUUAUAUAGUUGACUGAUGUCACAGUGACUACAAAAGUACUCUUGUCUGGGUGUAUUAUAUAGUUGACUGAUGUCACAGUGACUACAAAAGUACUCUUGUCUGGGUGUAUUAUAUAGUUGACUGAUGUCACAGUGACUACAGAAGUACUCUUGUCUGGGUAUAUUAUAUAGUUGACUGAUGUCACAGUGACUACAAAAGUACUCUUGUCUGGGUAUAUUAUAUAGUUGACUGAUGUCACAGUGACUACAAAAGUACUCUUGUCUGGGUAUAUAAUGAGUAGUUGACUGGUGUCACAGUGACUACAAAAGUACUCUUGUCUGGGUGUAUUAUAUAGUUGACUGGUGUCACAGUGACUACAAAAGUACUCUUGUCUGGGUAUAUAAUGAGUAGUUGACUGAUGUCACAGUGACUACAAAAGUACUCUUGUCUGGGUGUAUUAUAUAGUUGACUGAUGUCACAGUGACUACAAAAGUACUCUUGUCUGGGUAUAUAAUGAGUAGUUGAAUGAUGUCACAGUGACUACAAAAGUACUCUUGUCUGGGUGUAUUAUAUAGUUGACUGAUGUCACAGUGACUACAAAAGUACUCUUGUCUGGGUGUAUUAUAUAGUUGACUGAUGUCACAGUGACUACAAAAGUACUCUUGUCUGGGUAUAUUAUAUAGUUGACUGAUGUCACAGUGACUACAAAAGUACUCUUGUCUGGGUGUAUUAUAUAGUUGACUGAUGUCACAGUGACUACAGAAGUACUCUUGUCUGGGUAUAUUAUAUAGUUGACUGAUGUCACAGUGACUACAAAAGUACUCUUGUCUGGGUAUAUUAUAUAGUUGACUGAUGUCACAGUGACUACAAAAGUACUCUUGUCUGGGUAUAUAUAGUUGACUGAUGUCACAGUGACUACAAAAGUACUCUUGUCUGGGUAUAUUAUAUAGUUGACUGGUGUCACAGUGACUACAAAGUACUCUUGUCUGGGUGUAUUAUAUAGUUGACUGAUGUCACAGUGCCUACAAAAGUACUCUUGUCUGGGUGUAUUAUAUAGUUGACUGGUGUCACAGUGCCUACAAAAGUACUCUUGUCUGGGUAUAUUAUAUAGUUGACUGGUGUCACAGUGACUACAAAAGUACUCUUGUCUGGGUAUAUUAUAUAGUUGACUGAUGUCACAGUGACUACAGAAGUACUCUUGUCUGGGUGUAUUAUAUAGUUGACUGGUGUCACAGUGACUACAGAAGUACUCUUGUCUGGGUAUAUAAUGAGUAGUUGACUGAUGUCACAGUGACUACAAAAGUACUCUUGUCUGGGUGUAUUAUAUAGUUGACUGAUGUCACAGUGACUACAAAAGUACUCUUGUCUGGGUAUAUUAUAUAGUUGACUGAUGUCACAGUGACUACAAAAGUACUCUUGUCUGGGUAUAUUAUAUAGUUGACUGGUGUCACAGUGACUACAAAAGUACUCUUGUCUGGGUAUAUUAUAUAGUUGACUGAUGUCACAGUGACUACAAAAGUACUCUUGUCUGGGUAUAUUAUAUAGUUGACUGAUGUCACAGUGACUACAAAAGUACUCUUGUCUGGGUAUAUUAUAUAGUUGACUGAUGUCACAGUGACUACAAAAGUACUCUUGUCUGGGUAUAUUAUAUAGUUGACUGGUGUCACAGUGACUACAAAAGUACUCUUGUCUGGGUAUAUUAUAUAGUUGACUGAUGUCACAGUGACUACAAAAGUACUCUUGUCUGGGUAUAUUAUAUAGUUGACUGAUGUCACAGUGACUACAAAAGUACUCUUGUCUGGGUAUAUUAUAUAGUUGACUGAUGUCACAGUGCCUACAAAAGAACUCUUGUCUGGGUAUAUUAUAUAGUUGACUGAUGUCACAGUGACUACUAAGUUUAAAAUAUAGUGUUAAUUUUAAUGUUAUACCCUGUGAUAUUUGUCAACGAUAACAUUAUUUUAUCUCCUAAUACAUUUGUGUAUAGUAUAGACAAUUCCCAUAUUCUAUGUCAUACAGAGUUAUCUCCCAUGGUAUAAUACACCAUACCCAUCCUGCUCUUUACAAUAUGACUGCUUACUGAACAAAAUCAAAUCCGUUUAUUGACGACAGGUGAAACACAUCAAGUAUCUGUAGAUAUAUAUAUUUAUUUAGUACAUUUCUGAGUAGUUGAUAUCUGUACAGUAUACUGUAUAUAUAGAAUAGUUGGUAGUAUUUGAUCACAACCUAAGUUAUUACUUGGUAACACAGUCCUGGCCGGAUAGUCACUCAAUACAUCUCACAAACGUCAUGGACUAACACAGUCCUGGCCGAAUAACCACUCAAUACAUCUCACAAAUGUCAUGGACUAACACAGUCCUGGUCGAAUAACCACUCAAUACAUCUCACAAAUGUCAUGGACUAACACAGUCCUGGUCGAAUAACCACUCAAUACAUCUCACAAACGUCAUGGACUAUUUCACCAAACUUUGUCUAAAAUCGUCAAGAUCAUUACAAAACAACAAAUCACCAGUCAGCUGUACUCACUCACAUAUAUCUCACACUAGAGUCGUGUGGAACUGAUGACACCAUUCAUCAUUGAAAUUGAAGUUUCUGUUGUAUCGAAUUAUAAAAAAGAUGUUCAGUCUGAUAUUGAAGUUAUGAUGUACAAGUACAUGGUUUAAUUCUGACCAACACCGACCGACGUCAUUUUGGCAGAACACUUGAAAACAAGUAUAUGUAUGUAUAAAGGUAAAGGUGUUACCAUGGAAACCUGUCACUUUGUAUGGAUACCUGGUACAGAUUUCCAUGUUUGUACUCCGUCCGUAUAGAAGUAGUGUCCUUACACCAAUAUUACAUCGUAGAGGUACAAUGACCGCUCAAAAUGCAUUGUUAGGUAAAUAUACAAGAUAUUACUAGGUUGGUUUCGUUUACGAUUUGUAUAAUUAAGGUGAAAGGGAUGAGUGAUCUUUUCUACGUUUUUGUAUCAAUUGUUAUUGAUUUGUAGUCAAUGUAAAAAAAAUAUCUUGCUAUUUAUUCGCAGAUCAAAAUAAAUUCAUACAAAACCAUCCUGA